AAUGUUAAUGUCAAGAAAAGAAUAUUUUUGUCUGCACCACAGUGCGCUACUUGGUUUGUUGUAUUUGUUACAAAACCAACGAAAAACUAUUGGCACAGUAACUAACAUAAUAAAACGAAAACAUGGCUCAAACAGCGGGUGUAAAGCCCAUGGCCAUUGCUGGUCGUGUGGCAAUUGAACGUGAAAGAUGUUUGGGCAUGACCGAUGUCGAGAGAGCUUGGCGCAAGCAGUGGCUGAAGGAUCAAGUCUUGGCUCCUCACGAACCUGUUCAUGUUCCAGAGUACUGGAAAGAACGUACCAAUAUAUUCCGCCGCAUUUACCGUGCUCCUUUAGAUAACAUUUAUAAAGCUCUCACGCCAGUAUUGGGAGCCUCUCGUGCUCAGGACUAUAGGUACCUCACUGGAAAAUUUAUAAUGAUUGGCUUUGGUAUUCUUUGUGGACACUACUACUUCAAAUACAAUGGAAAUGACUGGACCAAGAAGGGUGGUUGGAGAGUCCAUGUUUCCAAACCUAUGGUUCUGCCAGGACAACCUGGGUUCCCCUUCAAGUCAACCCGCAAAGAAGAUGACUAUGCUGGCAAAGGUUUCAAGGCCUCUCCCAUAUAAACAUGAACUUAUUUAACCCAGUUCACCAACCAAUACUGGAAUAUGUUGUCUUAGUUUUAUUAUGUAAACUAUAAUAGUUAAUAAAAAAGAAAUAUAAAUAA